AUGUCUAAGGUCGUGUACGAAGGCUGGAUGGUUAGGUAUGGAAGGAGGAAGAUCGGACGAUCGUAUAUUCAUAUGAGGUAUUUCGUGUUAGAGCCUCGUCUUUUGGCGUAUUACAAGAAGAAGCCGCAGGAUUAUCAGGUUCCUAUCAAGACCAUGUUAAUUGAUGGUAACUGCAGAGUUGAGGAUCGAGGCUUGAAGACACACCAUGGACAUAUGGUUUACGUGUUGUCUGUCUAUAACAAGAAAGAAAAGAACCAUAGAAUAACGAUGGCAGCGUUUAACAUCCAGGAAGCACUAAUGUGGAAGGAGAAAAUUGAGUCUGUUAUAGACCAGCAUCAAGAGUCCCAAGUUCCAAAUGGUCAGCAAUAUAUUUCGUUCGAAUAUAAGUCUGGAAUGGAUACUGGAAGGACUGCUUCAUCUUCAGAUCAUGAAAGCCAGUUCAGUGCACCAGAGGAUGAAGAUGACUCUCGACGUAGUUUAAGGAGGAGGACGACUAUUGGAAAUGGUCCUCCGGAAUCUGUACUUGACUGGACUAAGGAGUUUGAUGCAGAGUUGGCGAGCCAGAAUUCUGAUAACCAAGCUUUCUCGAGAAAACACUGGCGUCUACUUCAGUGCCAAAAUGGUCUUCGGAUUUUUGAAGAGCUUCUUGAAGUUGAUUAUCUUCCAAGAAGCUGUAGCAGGGCAAUGAAAGCUGUUGGUGUAGUGGAGGCAACAUGUGAGGAAGUAUUCGAACUUGUGAUGAGCAUGGAUGGCACUCGUUAUGAGCACUAUUGUAUGGAAAAUCUGUUAAAGAUUUCCUUGUAUUGCAUUGCGUUGUGUUUCGUGUUGGCUCUGUAUCGUUCUGUUUCUUUCUUUGUAAAGUGGGACUGCAGCUUUAUGUAUGGCAGCUUAGUGGAAGAGGUGGAUGGUCACACAGCAGUGCUCUAUCACAGACUUUUGCUCGACUGGUUUCCAAUGGUUGUGUGGCCUCGUGACCUCUGUUAUGUCCGCUAUUGGCGCCGUAAUGACGAUGGGAGCUAUGGUAUCUUCCUUUUCUCUUUACUCAUUCUAGAAUCUGGAAAGGAGCAUGAGAAUUGUGGUCCACAACCUGGAUGCGUUCGGGCUCAUCUUGAGAGUGGAGGAUAUAAUAUUGCCCCACUAAAGCCCCGUAAUGGGAGGCCUAGAACACAAGUGCAACAUCUAAUACAAAUUGAUCUAAAAGGGUGGGGUGCAGGCUAUCUUCCAGCAUUUCAACAACAUUGUCUUCUUCAAAUGCUGAAUAGUGUUGCUGGUUUGCGGGAAUGGUUUUCACAGACAGAUGAGAGAGGUGUUCAUACCCGGAUCCCUGUCAUGGUUAAUAUGGCAUCAUCUUCCUUGACUUUGAGUAAGAGUGGAAAGUCUCUGCAUCAGUCUGCCUUUUCUCUUGAUCAAACAAAUUCUACCAACAGAAAUUCCGUGCUCAUGGAUGAAGACUCAGAUGAUGAUGAUGAAUUUCAGAUCGCUGACUCAGAACAAGAGCCUGAAACAAGUAAAACAGAGACCGACGUCAAGAAAAAAGAAGAAGAACCUUCUCACAACAUUGAUCUGUCAUGCUUCUCGGGUAACCUAAAGCGCAAUGAAAAUGAAAAUGCCCGUAACUGCUGGAGGACUUCUGACGGGAACAACUUCAAAGUUCGUAGCAAGAGUUUUUUCAGUGGCGAUAAAAGGAAGAUUCCUGCUGGGAAGCAUCUUAUGGAUCUCGUUGCUGUCGAUUGGUUCAAAGACAGUAGAAGAAUAGAUCACGUGGCUAGACGUAAGGGCUGUGCAGCACAAGUUGCUGCAGAGAAAGGUCUAUUCUCAAUGGUGGUUAAUGUUCAAGUUCCCGGGUCAACACAUUACAGUAUGGUGUUUUAUUUUGUGUCGAAAGAACUCGUACCAGGGUCCCUAUUGCAACGAUUUGUGGAUGGUGAUGAUGAAUUCCGAAAUAGUAGGCUAAAGCUUAUACCUUUAGUUCCUAAGGGCUCAUGGAUAGUACGGCAAAGCGUGGGAAGCACCCCAUGUCUCCUUGGGAAAGCAGUGGACUGCAACUACAUUCGUGGCCCAACAUACUUAGAAAUCGACGUGGAUAUCGGUUCAUCAACAGUUGCAAAUGGAGUUCUGGGGCUCGUCAUUGGUGUUAUCACAUCGUUGGUUGUCGAAAUGGCUUUCCUUGUACAGGCAAAUACACCGGAAGAAUUGCCGGAGCGGCUUAUCGGUGCGGUUCGGGUUUCGCAUAUAGAGCUCUCUUCGGCUAUAACUCCGAAUCUGGAGUCAGAAUAA